AUGGCCACCUCAGAGCUCCCCGCGCGAUCACUCACCAACAAAUCUGCCGAUGAGGAUGCCGUUCCUGGCGAGGACACAUCAGAGGUCACAAAGCUGUUCGCAGAGCGUCUGCAAGCAUGGAAGCAUGCCGUCUCGUACCUCGAAGAUUACAUCACGGCCACAGAGAAGACGAACCAUGCACACGGCAAGGAGUAUGAGCGAGUACUGAAGACGGUAAAGGACCCUCUGAAAGAAGGCCAUCACUUUGACCAGUCGCUCGGUGGUGUUGCCGGCUUGUUUGAGAAUAUCAGGUCGAACACGCAGGGCAUCUCUAAUCAACACUAUGAGACUGCGAAGCAACUCAAGGGCGCCAUCCUCCCGAUCUUUGAGCGCCUACACACCGAGAUCAAGAACAAGAGCAAGGAGCUGACCAAGGGAGCCGGAAAGGGCAGCAAAUCUGUGGACAAGGCCCGCGCACACACUCAGAAGCACAUUGAGCUUCUCGGCCAGCACACGGCCUCUUUUGAGUCGCACUCUGGAAGCAUCAAGGCGACCGACGAUCCAUACAUUAUCCAGCGCGGAGUCCGGCACCGUCUGCACAAGCAGGUCCAAGAGGAAAACAGCAACCGCCAGGACCUCAUCAGUGUACAGAACUCGUUUGCGCAAUUCGAGUCACACAUCCUGCAGACGCUUCAGCAUGGCAUGGCCCAAUUCCUCCAAGUCGUCUCCGUACAGGCCGAGCACACCAAGACUGCAUAUGGAGACAUGGUGGGCACGUCCCAGCGCAUUCCGCUCGACUUUGAGUGGAACGGCUUUGUGCAGCGCAACAGCAAUAUACUCAUUGACCCUUCUGCGCCCGCCCGGGCUGUCUCGCAAAUCACGUUUCCCAACCAGAACCACCGGGCCACGCAGCCCCUCAUUGCCGGCUCUCUCGAGCGCAAGGGCAAAAUCAUGCGCUCCUACGACACAAACUAUUACGUCGUCACCCCGUCCAAGUACCUCCACGAGUUCAAGACGGACGAUGAUUUCGCAAAGGACCCUGUUCCCGAAAUGUCCCUCUACCUACCCGACUGCAUCAUUGGCGCCGUCAACGGCAACAAGUUCAACGUAAAGGGCAAAGAUGUAUCGGGCGGUAAGAUUGGCGGUGCAUUUGCCAUGAGCCAUGAAAUGCAAUUCAAGGCUCACACGCCCCAAGCCGCAGCCCAAUGGUGGGAAAUCAUUCGCAAUGCUGCUGGCACCGUCACCACCGAUCUCCCUGACAGCACACCCACGAGCCCCGUGGCCGCAGAGCAGUCGCAGCCUGCACCACUUCAGACAGAGGGUGUGCAGCGUUCGGGUACGGUGGCGGCAGAGCCUGGUAGCGCAGUUACUCCGGGGACUGCUGUCUCGCCUCAGGCUGCCAAUCCUACGGCCCCGAGUAGUGCUGUUCCGGGCGAGCCAGGUAAGUAUUAG